GCUUGCUGUGGAGCUGAAUGAGCGCUUUGUGUAAACACCUAUUAACGACGCAAUGCCUGAUACGUUCAUUAAGAAAUUCUUCACUGGAUUGGGACUUUUGCAUAACGACAUUCUUGCCUUUUUCUCACGAAUAUCCUAAACCCUUUCUCCUGAUCACACACACAGUGUCGGGUCUGUGAUUUCUGGAAUUUUUUUUUCUAAUUAUUAUUAUUUUCUGAAUACUACAGUACAUUUUAAAAAACACCGAUAUGGUUCCUUCUUCCCUUCUGCCGGAGGGAUUCUCUGAACUGGAUGUUUUUGCACUGGGAUCAUGUCUGCUUGUGGAGGGUCUCCUUGGAUUGUUAAUGAAUGCUGUCACCGUUAUUGCUUUCUUAAAAAUACGUGAUUUACGGACUCCUAGUAACUUCCUUGUAUUCAGCUUGGCUUUAGCAGAUAUGGGCAUUUCUAUAAACGCCACCAUUGCAGCCUUCUCAAGCUUCCUGAGAUACUGGCCUUAUGGAUCUGAAGGAUGCCAGACCCAUGGAUUUCAUGGAUUCGUAACUGCCCUCUCUAGCAUCCAUUUUAUUGCAGCCAUUGCUUGGGACAGAUACAACCAAAACUGUACCAGAUCAAAGUUGCAGUGGAGCUGGGCCAUCACCAUAGCCAUUUUUAUUUGGCUCUUUACUGCCUUCUGGGCAGCUAUGCCAUUGAUUGGUUGGGGAGAGUAUGACUAUGAGCCCCUGAGGACCUGCUGCACUCUGGACUUAAGCAAAGGAGACAGGAACUAUGUCACCUACCUGAUACCAAUGGCCAUUUGUAACAUGGGAAUUCAAGUGCUUAUUGUGUUCUUCUCAUACAAAUCCAUUAACAAGAAAUUCAAGAAGAUGGGCCAGCAAAGGUUCAACUGUAGCACUCCUAUAAAGACGCUGCUGUUCUGCUGGAGCCCUUAUGGGAUCCUCGCCUUCUAUGCUGCUGUGGAAAAUGUGAAUGUUUUGUCUCCUAAACUGCGAAUGAUUGCUCCUAUUCUGGCCAAGACCUCACCGACUUUCAAUUUUUUUGUUUAUGCACUUGGAAAUGAGAAUUAUAGAGGAGGAAUUUGGCAGCUGCUCACUGGACAAAAGAUUGAACCUUCUGCUACUGAGGCUAAGUUAAAAUAAACAAAUCAUGUCAUAAUCAUUCAAUCAUUUAUUAAACUGGGCAGUCUUAGGAAAUGUAACAGUACUUACAUAUUACAUCAUAAAUGAUUUAUUUCCUUCCAGAAACAAUAUGAUUACACUCCAGAUUGCAAAACCUUUCACUGACAAUGUCCAUGUUAAGGCUAAAAAAGAGUUUAGAAUUUUAUGCAUUUUAAUGAUACGGUAAUUACCAGACAAGAGGUGAUACUUUAAUUAUGUAUGUCUCUCAUCCAGAACAUCUGACUUCCUCCUACAUGUCUUCAUAUAGUCAGUAUCUUUAACAUUUACAUAUGUGAAACUUUAUGGCAAAGGUAUUUGGACACCUCACAAUCAGACCCAUAUGGGGUUUCCCUAAACAGAUGCCACAAAGUUGGAAGCAGAUAAAUGUCUAUAGGGUUUAUGCAUGCUGUAGUAUUUUGGUUUCCCUUUAAGAAUCCAGUUCCAGCAUGAUGAUAGCCCUGUACACAAAGCGAUCUCCAUGAAAAUGGUUUUAAGAUGAGGAUGAUUUGCAAAGGUUGGUGAGGAAAAAUUAGAGAUUGCUGCACAGAACUUUGACCUCAUCCCCACCUCAUCUUUGGGAUGAAAUGAAAUGCAGACACAAAUAACCACCAACGAGUCUGGAUUCACAACUGCUCUUGUGGCUGAUUGCACACAAAUCCUCACAGUCAUGCUCCAAAAUCUAGUAUACUAACAAGGAGUUUGGAGGUUAUUAGAACAGGGACCAAAGGGGACCAACUUCAUAUUAAUGCCCAGGGUUUCAGAAUAGGAUGUUCAACAAUUAUAUAUGGAUGUGAUGGUGAGGUGUCACACACAUUUGGCCAAAUAGUAUAAAUGAAAAAAGAAAUUCUACCAAUGUUACCACUCCGUGGCUUAAUGAAAGAGUUCUCUACAUUAAUAGAUUUAGAUGAUAAAAUAAAGGAUUUUAGAGAUAUACAGAGAAACAUACAGUAGAUACAUAAUACUUUAACUAUUGAAGUAAAUUACUAUAAUUCAGGCAGAAAUUAAAGCCAAUAAAUGCCACAUAUUGUGGUAUAGUGUUAUAUAUAUAUAUAUAUAGUGUUAAUGAUUUAUUCCUGCGGUAAACUGUGACGAUACUGUAUUGUCAUGAUUUUCAGUGAAUUUAAUACUGUGAAUGUGAGCUAAUGUUAUGCUCUAUUAAUAUCUGUAUUACAAUCAUUUGUACUGUAGUUAAUGACAUGCACUGUGAUGUGAUUUAAAGAAUUAUUAGACAGUGUAAAGUAGGGUAAUCUCACAAAGCAGAAUGACACCAUACAUAUAAAUCAGUGGGAGAGAGGGAGGGAGAGAUAGAGACAAAGAGAGAGGCUGAAAUCAUGAGUUUCAGGUUCAUGAUAUUUUGCUGCCUGAGAAACUCUAGUGCAUUACACACAGUAUGUUGUUAUUACUUGUCACUAUUUUAUGUAUUAAUUCUUGAGAAGUAUGUUGUUAAUGCCUUAUCAGUAUCUUCUAUAUCAUUAUCAAUAGAUACAUUUGUGAAUGUUUGUCAGAAUGUCAUUUAUCAAUCAUAUCACACCAACCACCAUGUUUUCUACAGAAUU